GCGCGGUGGCGACUGUGUGCCGAUAAACAAUGCGAGUGACAUUGGCGGGAAGAAAGGAAGAAACGCACCGUGCAUACAAAUGAUGGCAGCGGCCAGGGCUCCUGCAACGAAGCACCACGGCCCACGUACGCGCCGCGCGUGUGCUUCAACACCAACACUUCAACAGUAACAGCUACCAGAAAUGUACAACUAUUAUAAUUAGAAAAUACUUUCACAUUUAAUCGGGAUAGUUAAUUAAUUAAGUGUUUAUUAUACUACGAAUGAACAAUAGAACAAAAUAGUAUUUACAAUUUAGUGUGGUCAUCGCGUUUUAAAAGUGAAUUAUAGCCGAAAUAGGUAUAAUUAUAAUUUAAAGAGUUAACUUAUAAUAUAAUUAUAAUAUUAUUUGUGUAAACCAAAUCAUAAUCAUCACUAAGUAGGUACGUUCAAUUUAUACAUAAUAUUGUACUGCCACACACUUAUCGUAUUUUUUCUCUAUCUAGUGAAUUAAUAUUCAAAACGUUUUAUGAUCAUCAAUAAUGAUUGAAAUAAUUGUGACAAAGCAUAUCAAAUAAAAUAUUACUAGUGCAUCAUCGACAUCAAUCAUAUGCCAACAAGUAAAGGAUCCAGAAGAUAAAAAGGCUCCCCGAAAUGGGGCACAAAUUUGCAACAUGGUCAUUAUGGCUAUUGAUGCUAUACGCCAAUGUAUUAGCGUCUCCACAUACAUCCCCUAGGACCUUCACACAAAGUGCAGUUGAGACAGUUCCGUACCACGAACCCAUUGCUCCACCCGUACGAGCAUCCGUUGAAAGUGUACCGCUCAGGAGUAUACGCGAUGAAGGGGAAGGCAGAGUACCCCUGCGUGAUGCAGUUGAAAAACGACCUAUUGAAGUCUACGACGGAGACUCGACGUUUAAAUUCGCAGAGGAUGCAGAAGUUAUACCCAAUAACUUAAAAGAUUAUUACGGAGCGGCAACGUAUCUUAACAACAGCACUAACCGCAAUGAUGAAAGACUUCAACUAGGAAAUGCAAAUUUACAAGAAAUGCAUCAGACAUCUGGUGGGAGUGCAGUUCGCCGGAUCGUAGUGUGCUAUGUCGAGUCCUGGGCUGCAUAUAGGGCACCACCUUUGGCCUUUACCGCAAGCUUGGUACCUCGCUCCUGUACGCAUUUACAUUAUGCCUUCGCUACCGUACAUCCUCAUACAUACGCCGUGGUGCCAUCAAAUGAAGACUACGAUGUCGUUAAAGGUGGCUACCGUAUCGCCACGGGCUUAAAACGUCGCAUUCCUGGAUUGAAAGUUAUUCUAAGUAUCGGGGGAGAAGGAACUGAUCGCCUAUUUAGUGAAAUAGUGCAAGAGCCAAUAAGACGCAGUUUAUUUAUUGAAAGUGCUUUGAACUUCUUGCAAGAGCAUGAUUUUGACGGUCUGGAUCUUCAUUGGGUUUAUCCGGGCGAAAAAGAUGACAAAGAACGGGAAAUGCUCACGUCUCUACUUUAUGAAAUAAGGGAAAAAUUUUCGCCAUACGGACUUCUUCUUUCAACCGUGCUACCACCGUUCAGAUAUCAAAUUGAAGACGGAUACGAUCUCAGUGCUGUAAGUGGUGCAACAGAUUAUACGAUCUUGCAAGCUUGGGACAUGACUCACGGGAAAAGAGACGAUCCUCCCGCCAGAGCUGUACAGCACAGCGCUUUACACAGAGAUCCUGGAGCAGCCUCCAGGGACCAACGAUAUGACAACAUCGAAUUCAUGGUGAAAUAUAUAGUUCGACACGGAAUGGCCCCUGAAAAAUUAGUGCUCGGCAUACCUUUAUUCGGUCGCAGUUAUACCUUAGCACCAUCGACACAUCCGUCACCGGGAGCUCUGAUAAGCGGCUGGGGAGAAGAAGGGCCUUACACUCAAACCAAAGGAUCUUUAGCUUACUUUGAGAUUUGUAUGGCAGAAAGGGAAGGUAAAGGAGUCACUGGGGUAGAUGACGCUGGUAAUUCAUACGCUGUAUUCGACAAUCAAUGGGUUACUUACGACACACCAUCAACUGUUAUAGAAAAGAUGAAAUUUGUGAUAAACUCAGGUUUAGCUGGAGCGGCAGCUUGGGCAAUUGACAUGGACGAUUUCAGAGGACUAUGCGGCUCUCCAUUCCCUAUACUUGGCGCCAUUUCAGUCACUUUGAACGGUGAAGCUGUCCAAACCGACCAGUCGUCUUUGAAAAUUGGAUCUUGCGAUUCAGACACCCCCUAUCUUGCCUCAGACGAAGAUUCUUGUGCUCAUUUCCAUUUCUGUACUGGUGGUAUCAGCUACAGGAUGUCAUGUGAAGAGCAGCGAUUAUAUGACC